ACUGACAAAGACGAGCGUUAGGAAGAUGGAUAGUUUAGUGAUGAGAUAUUCGAUUCUAAUAAAUUGAGUAUUCUAAUCAAAUGAUAAUAAUUAUCAUAAUAUAUACAAUAAAUAACAAACUAUAAAUAUUGACUCUCUUAAAAAUUUUAGUAGUGUACAUCCACAAUUGAAAGUAAAAUCAUGAAAUUACUAUUACUAAUACUAAUUGGGCUAGCGGUGGUUGCCUCAGAGGUCUCCGAUGAAAUAAUCGAAAAGUGGGAAAAUAAGAUAUCUGGAUUCAAGGAUAAAUGCCUAACCGCACACGGAGCAGAUAAGGAGAUUAUUCACAACAUUAAUAAACAUUUAAAAUUUGAGGACCAUGAUGAAGGUACAAAAUGCUUCUAUAAGUGCAUAUAUAAGGAGUGCGGCCUCUUCGAUUCAAAUGGACAGUUCAAUGCGGGAAAGUUCGUACAAACGUAUCCGUGGGUUACACACAAAUCUGCCUCCAAAUGUGCGGCGAAGACAGAAUCUGAGCAUGACGACAAUUGCGAGAAAUCUUUUCAAAUGGCGAAAUGUAUUUUAACUGAUCUUGCCGCCUGAAUAUUCAACAUUUAAAUUGUAAAAGAACGGAAUUGUAUGGUAUUACUAAAAGUUGAAUACCGGAUAUAAAACAAAAUACAUAAGAUAUAGAAUG